GCGAUGAACACCUCAUGUAGGCAUCAGCAUGGACAGCUGUGAGUCUCCCGUGGUUUCUGGGACAGACGAUGGGCACGGCUCCUCCACCACCUCCCAGCAACAGCAGCAGCAGCAUUACCCUCUGCAGACCUGGAACGAUCACUCUAACUCGCAGGUCCCUCCCAGCAGCCAGCCCUCUUCCCUGGAGCCCCUGUCUCUCUCUGCACCCUACCCCUCUGUGAGAGAGCCACAGCAGCAGCAGCAUCCAACCCGGACCCCACCCCUGGCCCACAGCGACAGCUCCGCCUCAGGCCAGCUGCACCCCAGAAGAGAGGAGCUCAACGAGGAGCAGGAGGGAGUGAGCUGCGGAGAGGAAGAAGAAGAAUUGGAGGACUUGGAUGAGAUGGAGAUCGACAGCUGUUUCCCAAGUCUGCAGUCCUUCCCCGGAGUACCCAUAGCUCCUGGAGGAGGGGGCAUGCCCACGCUGCUACGCCAGCAGCCCAACCGACGAAGGGGUGUGGCGGAGAGCGGGAGUGAGGAAGGAGAGGAGGAGGAAGAAGAGGAAAACAGUGAUGUGGAGAACCUGGCUGGAGAGAUAGUCUACCAGCCGGAUGGCUCAGCCUACAUUGUUGAAAGUCUCAGCCAGCUGAUCCAAAGUGGAGGGGGUGCGGUGACCGGCCUGCUCCCCACAAACUCUCUCCCCGUGGCGGGGAAGCCGGGGGAACCUGCUGGGACCUCAUCCUCGGUAUACCCUCAGAUCAUCAACACGUUCCACAUAGCCUCGUCGUUCGGGAAGUGGUUUGGUUCCUCAGACCAAGGUUUCCCCAAUACCUCCACCCUGGCAGGCCUCAGUCCUGUCCUGCACAGUUUCCGCGUCUUCGAUGUGCGGCACAAAAGCAACAAGGAUUACCUGAACAGCGACGGGUCUGCCAAGAAGUCCUGCGUAUCCAAAGAUGUUCCCAACAACGUGGAUUUCUCCAAAUUUGAUGGGCUGGCCCUCUAUGGCAAGGGAAAGCCCAUCCUCAUGUGUUUUCUCUGCAAACUGUCCUUCGGCUACCCGCGGUCUUUCGCUACUCAUGCCGUCCACGACCACCGCAUGACCCUGUGUGAGGACGAGAGGCGGCUGCUGGGGGACAAUAAGGCGUCUGCCAUCAUCCAGGGCAUCGGGAAGGACAAAGAACCCCUCAUCAGCUUCCUGGAACCAAAAAACAAGAGCUUUCCUAUGCCGGCACCCUCUACCAUGGUCCCCAUGAACUCUGGCCAGAGCUUCUAUGGCACGUUCAGUGGGAUCCACCUGGAGGCAGGGAGCAGCAGUGAGGGCAGCGAGGCCCUCCUGAACAAAGACUCUGGCUCCUCUGGCCUCCAGCAGCAGCAAGGCUCCAUCCUCUCUCUGGGGGGGCUGGGCAACCCCAAAGCACCUGCUCUUACCUCAACCCCAGGCCCUGCCAAAGACUCCAACACCCUGCCCAAGCAGGGAGGGAGAACAGAGGGGCCUGCUGGGAAAGAGGGGAUCCGCAGGCGGGAGCACGGGGACAAGGAGGUGCGAGAAGGCAAGGUACGUUUUGCUAGCCAGGAGGGGGGCUCGGAGGAAGAGGAGGAACUGUUAUUAGAGGAAGAGGAAGACGAGGUGGAGGAAGAAGGAACUGCGCUGGCCUGUGUUGGCAAUAGUAGCAGUGGCGGUGGAGAAGUGGGGAGACCGGCUGUAUCAAACCAAAGCAUUUCCAAAUCUCCUUUAUUAAUACCUAGUAGCGCUCUCCAGCCUACUGCCUGCCCAUCUGCAGCCAGCCCCACGCUCAACAGCAAAGCCCCAGCUUCCACUUCUUCUUCCUCUGUCAGGGAAGAGGGCUCGGCGGCAGACGGAGGGGGGAGGGCCUUGGAGCUCCCUCUGAGCUUUAACUGCCAGGGGCCCACUGUCCCCAUGAUGAUGGCAGCUGCAGCCAGCAGAGGGAGCGAGGACGUCGCCGCGGGCACCUCCUCCCCUCUGGCCUCCAACUCCGCCGCCGACGAAAGUGCCAAUCGAGAUAGUGCCACAGCUCCUGAACCAAAUGAUUGCCCGGCAGAGGGAGAGGAGGACAGCGGAGCCCUUCUGCACCAUCACCACCUACACCAUCACCACCACCACCUCCACCCCUCAGCCCACUCCCACUCUCACGCACACCCCCACCCAGGGGGGUCCUGUGAAAUGGGCGGUGGCGGUGAGUGCCCUCAGAACCACGGGCCUGGAGGAAGUGGGGUGGAAUGCCCCAAAUGUGACACCGUCCUGGGCUCCUCGCGGUCCCUGGGCGGACACAUGACCAUGAUGCACUCGCGCAACUCAUGCAAGACACUCAAGUGUCCCAAGUGCAACUGGCAUUACAAGUACCAGCAGACCCUGGAGGCCCACAUGAAGGAGAAGCACCCAGACUCCGGUGGCUCCUGUGUGUACUGCAGCAGUGGCCAGAGCCACCCGCGUCUGGCCCGUGGAGAGAGCUACACCUGCGGAUACAAGCCCUUCCGCUGCGAGGUGUGUAACUACUCGACCACCACCAAGGGCAACCUGAGCAUCCACAUGCAGUCGGACAAGCAUCUGAACAACAUGCAGACCCUGCAGAACGGAGGCUCCAUCCCCUCCGCCGAGCAGCAGGUGUUUGGCCAGCACCCUGGAGGGGUCGGAGUGGUGACCGUGCCCUCUGUGACCCAGGCCAGCACCCACCACCCGCCACACCACCACCACCCCACCCAGUCCUCCGCCCACCUGGCGGGGCCCUGCGGUUCCCCCUCGCCCACCAAGCCAAAAAGCAAGCCCACGUGGCGCUGCGAAGUGUGCGACUACGAGACCAACGUGGCGCGGAACCUGCGCAUCCACAUGACCAGCGAGAAACACAUGCACAACAUGAUGCUGCUGCAACAGAAUGUGACCCAGAUGCAGCAUGGUCGGCUGGGCCUGGGGGCCAUGCCCUCUCCCUCCGAGGCCGAGCUCUACCAGUACUACCUGACCCAGAACAUGAGCCUGCCCCCAGGCCUCAAGAUGGACCCGGCUGGAGCUGAGGCCCAGUUCCUGUUGGGAGGCUUCCACCUGGACCCCAACAUGGCCGCCUUGGCCCCCCAACUAGUAGGUGGGGAGAUCCCCAUGGACAUGCGGCUGGGCAGCGUUGGUGGUCAGUUGGUGUCUGAGGAGCUGAUGACCCUGGGGGAGAGCUUGUCGCAGACCAGUGACCCCUCCCUCAAGCUGUUCCAGUGUGCCGUGUGCAACCGCUUCACCACCGACAACCUGGACGUGCUGGGCAUGCACAUGGGUGCUGAGCGCAGCCUGCCCGAGGAGGAGUGGCGCGCCGUGGUGGGCGACUCGCACCAGUGCAAGCUGUGUCGUUACACCACACAGCUUAAGGCCAACUUCCAGCUGCACUGCAAGACCGACAAGCAUGUGCAGAAGUACCAGCUGGUGGCCCACAUCAAGGAGGGGGGCAAGGGCAACGAGUGGCGCCUGAAGUGCGUCGCCAUCGGCAACCCGGUGCACCUGAAGUGCAACGCCUGCGACUACUACACUAACAGUCUGGAGAAGCUACGCAUGCAUACCAUCAACUCCCGCCACGAGGCCAGCCUCAAGCUGUACAAGCACCUGCAGCAUCAGGAGAACGCGGUGGAGGGAGAUGCCUGCUACUACCACUGUGUGCUGUGUAACUACUCCACCAAGGCCAAGCUCAACCUGGUCCAGCAUGUGCGCUCCAUGAAGCACCAGCGCAGCGAAAGCCUGAGGAAGCUCCAACUCCUGCAGAAGGGCCUGCCUGAGGAUGAGGAGGAGCUCAGCUCCAUCUUCACCAUCCGCAAGUGUCCGUCUGCUGAUACAGGAGAGCUGAGCGAGGAUGUGGAGGCUGCCAGUGAGACCACCACAGAACAGGAGGACCAAACCAAAGACAGAGAAGGUGGGGGGGAGGAGCUCACCAAAGGGACAGGAUCCAGCCAGUCAGAGAGGGACCAGACAGACUCCCCGAACCCCUCUAAGAGGCCCUCCUCACGGUCAGGGGCCACAGGGAGCCCCCUCUCCUCCAAGCGUCCGAGGACGGCUGAGAAGAGUGCUGCUGCGGAGCAGAUGUACCAAUGUCCCUACUGCAAGUUCAGCAACACAGACCUGAACCGCCUGAGAAUGCACGUGAUGACGCAGCACUCUGUCCAGCCCAUGUUCCGCUGCCCGCUCUGCCAGGACAUGCUGAACAACAAGAUCCAUCUGCAGUUCCACCUCACACACCUCCACAGCGUGGCGCCCGACUGCGUGGAAAAGCUCAUCGCCACGGUGACGGCAUCAGAGGUUCUGCCAGAAAGCAUGUUCAUACCAGUACCAGGCCCAGACAGAGAUGCACAAAGCAGUACCCCACAGGCCCCGGUUAACUCCAGCUCUGAAGAUAUCAAGAAACAAGCCGAACCAUUAGAUGCUGAGCCUGAGAAAGGGGUCUCACUGCCUACAGAAAUAGCUGAAGCUCGCAAGUCACCUCUGGAGGAUCAGCAGUCUGGAAGGGAAGACACAGGAUUCCUGUGUUGGAAGAAAGGCUGUAACCAGGUCUUCAAGUCCUCUAACUCCCUCCAGGUGCACUUCAACGAGGUUCACAACAAAAGGCCUCAGCUGCCUGUCUCUGACCGGCAUGUCUACAAGUAUCGCUGCAACCAGUGCAGCCUGGCCUUCAAGACGGUGGAGAAACUGCAGCUGCACUCGCAGUACCACGUCAUCAGAGCAGCCACCAUGUGCUGCCUCUGUCAACGCAGCUUCAGGACCCUGCAGGCCUUGAAGAAACAUUUGGAGACCAGCCACCUAGAGUUGAGCGAGGCUGACAUCCAACAGCUCUAUGGAGGCUUACUGAUGAACGGAGACCUUAUGGUCAUGGGUGAUCCAUCACUUGGAGAGGACCACGGAGGACUGGGAGAAGAUGACAAAGAGGGAGAGGACAGUGACCAAGAGGAAAAGCAAAGUCCAACAGGUAGCGACUCUGGCUCAUUGCUAGAAGAUUUUGGAUCAGAGCCCAAGCGUGCCCUGCCAUUCAGGAAAGGUCCUAACUUUACCAUGGAGAAGUUCCUGGACCCAUCUCGUCCUUUCAAGUGCACAGUGUGCAAAGAGUCAUUCACACAGAAGAACAUUCUUCUGGUUCACUACAACUCUGUCUCACACCUGCACAAGGUCAAGCGGGCCCUACAGGAGUCCACUACUGGUCAACCAGAGCCCACCAGCAGCCCUGACAACAAACCAUUCAAGUGCAGCACUUGCAACGUGGCUUACAGCCAGAGCUCUACUCUAGAGAUCCACAUGCGCUCUGUCCUCCACCAGACCAAGGCCCGAGCAGCCAAGCUUGAAGCAGCAGGAGGAAACACCAGCUCCAGCAGUGGUUCUGGAUUAAGUGGCGGUGGAUCCUCCAUCAACACUUCAACUCCAAGCCCAAGCCCAGCUACUAACUCAACAACCAGCUCCAGCAACCACAGCUCUUCUGGGGCUCAGACUACACAGACUAUUCUUGGAGGAAAUCACAUGAGCCAGUCUCACAGCAUUGAAAGCCUUGGGAACUCCUCGAUGACUUGUCAUCCGUCUGAAAACCAUGAAUCAAAAAAGAAGAAAUUUGCAGACAUGCUCUCUGCAAGGGGACAGCAGCACCAGCAGCAGCAACAGCUUCAGCAGCAACAGCAACAGCAGUUGGCUCAGGCCCAAGCCCAAGCCCAGGCCCAGCUCCAACAAGAGCUCCAGCAACAAGCUGCCCUCAUCCAGUCCCAGCUUUUCAACCCAGCACUUCUUCAGCACUUCCCCAUGACAACUGAUGCUCUUCACUCACUGCAGCAACAACAGCUGCUUCCUUUCUACAUCCCUGGAGCAGAAUUCCAACUGAAUCCAGAGAUGAACCUCAACAGUUCUGCACUUGGCCUGUCAAGCUCCACUGCCAACUCUCUGUUGGAGGACCUGAAGAACUCUGCCCAGCAGGCUCAGGCUCAGAGCUGCCUGCAACAACAGCUGAUGCACCACCACCUUCAGCAGCAGCACCAACAGCAGCAGGCCCAAGCCCAUUCUCAGGCCCAGGGCCAGAUGGCUUUGCUUCAGCAGAGUGCCAAUCUACUUCACCAGGCUGAGAAAAAGCAGAAGGCCGCUGCCGCCCACAAUGAGAAGCAAGAGAGAGAAAGGGAAAUGCAAAGAGAAAAAGACUUAAGAGAGAAAAUUGAGGAACAUGUCACAAAAGACAGCUCUGACAACAAGUCAAACGAAAAAAAGGAUAUGCAACAGACUGCAAUGAACUCCAACCACGAUCCUGGCUUUCCUCCACCAAGGAUUGCUUCAGAUGCUCGUGGAAAUGCCACUAAAGCCCUUCUGGAGAACUUUGGGUUUGAGCUAGUGAUUCAAUACAAUGAAAACAAGCAGAAAGCUCAGAAGAAGCCAGCAGGGCCUGGACCAGCUGGAACAAGCACUCCUGGUGGGAUCACGAGAGUGGUGGACCCCAUCGAGGGAUUGGAGAAGCUGGAAUGUGAGGCCUGUGGAAAACUAUUUUCCAACAUACUGAUUCUGAAGAGUCAUCAGGAGCACAUCCACCAGGCCUUCUUCCCAUUCCGCUCCCUGGAGAGAUUUGCCAAGGAAUACAGAGAGCAGUAUGACAAACUGUAUCCACUCAGACCCCAGACACCAGAGGCUGCUCCUCCUGCUCCUGCACCUCCUCCUCCUCCUCCUCCUCCUCCACCUCCACCCCCUCCACAGAGAGCCCCAACACCAAAUAUUCCUGUCUCUGCUCCCUCCAUCACACCCCCAACUGUGUCGACCCCACAGCCUCCUGUUCAAAUGGCUCAAAUGUCCAUGCCAAUGGAUAUGCCCCUCUUCUCACCACUCAUGAUGCAGUCAAUGUCUCUACAGUCCAUGCCCUCCCAAAUGCAAUCCCAGAUGUCAUCUGUGGAGUCACAGUCACUGGCUAACGAUCUGGCCCAGCUUUACCAACAGCAGCUUACACCAGCUAUGCUACAGCAGCAGCAGAAUAAGAGGCCCAGGACACGUAUCACUGAUGACCAGCUUAGGGUUCUUCGGCAGUACUUUGACAUCAACAACUCCCCCAAUGAGGAGCAAAUUAAGGAGAUGGCAGAUAAGUCAGGGCUGCCCCAGAAAGUCAUCAAACACUGGUUCCGCAACACCCUCUUCAAAGAGCGCCAGCGUAACAAAGACUCACCCUACAACUUCAACAACCCACCCAUUACCACUAUGGAGGAUACCAAAAUUGACUCUAAACCCCCUUCCCCUGAGCCUCAAAGACAGGAAUGUUAUGGGAGUAAAAGGUCCUCAAGAACAAGGUUUACAGACUACCAAUUGCGGGUGCUUCAGGACUUCUUUGAUGCUAACGCCUACCCCAAAGAUGAUGAAUUUGAACAGCUCUCCAACCUUCUGAGCCUCCCCACCCGUGUCAUUGUGGUGUGGUUCCAAAAUGCUCGUCAGAAGGCACGCAAGAAUUAUGAAAACCAGGGGGAUGGAAGUAAAGAUGGUGAACGAAGAGAACUGUCCAAUGACCGUUACAUUCGCACCACCAACCUGAACUACCAGUGCAAGAAAUGCAGUCUGGUUUUCCAGCGCAUAUUUGACCUCAUAAAGCACCAAAAGAAGCUGUGUUACAAAGAUGAAGACGAUGACGGGCAAUACGACAGCCAAAACGAGGACUCUAUGGAUCUUUCCCAUGAAUACUACACCCCCUCUGGGUCCUCCUGUCACACCCCUAUGCCUUCUUCCUCAAGCCUCUGCCCUCUCCCUCCCUCCACGUCAGCCUUUUCCCACCUCUCAUCCUCGGAGAAGGAGGAAGCCUCACCAGCUAACACAUCAAACUCUUAUGAUGAGAAGCCCAAACAUUUGGCUGAAAUGUCCUCAGAUCCACGUGAGCAUCAGACCACCAUCAAACAGGAGACUGUGCAUCAGCCCCAAUCUGAGACUCAACAUCAGAGAAGAGAAGCACGAGAUGAGAAGCCACAAACAGCCCCAAAGACAAACAAGCAUUCUUCUCCCUCCCUCUCUCAGCAGCAACGUGAGUGUGGUCCCUCAGCCUCUCAGACAAGCCAGGCUGAGAGAGCUUCUCAGAGCUCCCACAUGGGCCUCAACCCUCACAUGAGCUCUGCAUCACAGCAACAGCUGGCACAGCAAAUGAUCCAAUACCAGUGUGAGCAGUGCAAGCUUGGUUUCCCAACCUUUGAGCACUGGCAGGAGCACCAGCAACUCCACUUCCUCUCUGUACAAAACCAAUUCAUCCACCCUCAGUUCUUGGACCGCCCAAUGGACAUGCCCUUCAUGUUGUUCGAUCCAAGCAAUCCCCUGUUGGCCAGUCAACUCCUCUCUGGGGCUAUGCCACAGAUCCCAAGCAGCUCUGCCACCUCUCCAUCAACACCCACCUCCACCAUGAACUCCCUGAAGAGGAAGUUAGAGGAGAAAGCAGGCACUAGCCCAGGAGAGAAUGACAGCACCAACAGUGGGGAGGAGCCACAAAGAGACAAGCGCCUAAGGACUACCAUCACACCUGAGCAGCUGGAGAUCCUCUACCAGAAAUACCUGUUGGACUCAAACCCCACUCGUAAAAUGCUUGACCACAUCGCUCAUGAGGUAGGACUGAAGAAGAGGGUAGUGCAAGUUUGGUUCCAAAAUACCAGAGCCAGGGAAAGGAAGGGUCAGUUUCGGGCUGUAGGGCCUGCUCAAGCUCACCGGCGAUGCCCUUUUUGUCGUGCCCUCUUCAAGGCGAAAACUGCACUAGAGGCACAUAUCCGUUCCCGCCAUUGGCAUGAAGCCAAACGUGCCGGUUACAACUUAGCUCUCUCUGGCAUGUUCACUGAGGAAGGGAUGCAAAUGAAGAUGGAUCCUCUGGAUAUCUCCAGCUAUUCCCAGCUUGCACCUUCUAACAAUGAUGGACAAUGCUCCUCUCUGUCACCAGUGAGCAAAAACAUGGACUUGUCUCCAAGGGCCCUUUUGAGCCCUUCAUCCAUUAAAGUUGAAGGAGGAAUGGAGGACUUUGAGAGUCCAUCUAUGUCCUCUGUCAACCUUAGCUUUGACCAGAACAAACUUGAUAAUGACGACUGUUCUUCAGUGAAUACGGCCAUCACAGAUACCACCACUGGUGAUGAGGCCAAUGCUGACAAUGACAGUGCUGAUCAAAAGCAUGGUCAAAAUAGUGGUGAUUAUCUAUCUAAGUCUGUGGGUACAGCCCCCUCCCUUGAAAAUGACGACCAGAUGUCCUCAGGGCUGGUGAGCCCUGCGACAAGCUAUUAUGCUAGAGACUAUGAAAAUGAGAAUAUAAUUGACUACAGUGAGACCUCCAGUCUGGCUGAUCCCUGCUCACCAAGCCCCGGAGCUUCCGGCAGCAGGAGCAUCGACAGUGGAGACCGUCCUGGUCAAAAGCGCUUCCGAACUCAGAUGACUAACCUCCAGCUGAAGCUGCUCAAGUCCUGCUUCAAUGACUACAGGACACCUACCAUGCUGGAGUGUGAGGUACUUGGCAAUGAUAUCGGACUUCCAAAGAGGGUGGUUCAGGUGUGGUUCCAGAAUGCUCGCGCCAAGGAGAAAAAGGCCAAGCUCAGCAUGGCUAAGCACUUCGGGAUCAACCACACAUCCUACGAGGGGCCGAAGACGGAGUGCUCUUUGUGCGGUGUCAAGUACAGUGCCCGUCUCUCCGUGCGAGAUCACAUCUUCUCUGCGCAACACAUCAACAAGGUAAAGGACACCAUUGGGAGCCAACUGGACAAGGAGAAGGAGUACUUUGACCCAGCCACUGUCCGUCAGCUGAUGGCCCAGCAGGAGAUGGAUCGCAUCAAGAAAGCCAAUGAGGUCCUGGGACUGGCACAGCAGCAAGCCAUGCAGCAGCAGGGGAUCUUUGAUAGCCCCGCCCUGCAGGCCCUGAACCUUCAGUCUGCCUAUUCAACUCUGCAAGGGAUGCCCCUGGACUUCUGCCAGGUGUCGGAAGCACCCCUACCUGGCUUUAACUCAUCAAACUCAGCUUUAACUCCUCCCAAACCUCCAAACCUCCUGAACAUGCCUGGUGCCAGUGUUCCUUCACCCAGCCUCCCUACAUCUGGAUUACCCAACAAGCCUCCCUCUUCCUCCUCAUUGGCAUCACCCAGCCCAGCACAGGCCAACACUUCUGUCGCCCACUCCAGCCCUACUUCCACCUCCACCACCACAACAACCCAGUCAGGCUCGCGGCCUGAACACCCCAAAGAGCGUAAUGCUGAGAGGUCAAGAGAGAAGGAGAAGCCCCACCACAAGGAGAAGACAGAGAAGCCCUCAACGCCAUCCUCCACUGGAGGCACCCCAGCCCCAUCCACCUCUGCUGCCAGCGCCAAGAAAGAAAAACAAGACGCAGCUGUGCCCGCCACCUCCAUGCCCACGCCGGGUAUGGAGUAUGUGGUAGACCCUGCCCAGCUCCAGGCCCUGCAGGCUGCCUUGGCAUCAGACCCUACAGCUCUACUGACUAGUCAGUUCCUGCCCUACUUCAUGCCUGGAUUUUCCCCUUAUUACGCCCCGCAAAUACCUGGAGCUCUCCAAGGCGGCUAUCUGCAGCCAAUGUACGGCAUGGAAAGCAUGUUCCCCUACAACCCAACAUUGUCCCAAGCGCUGAUGGGCCUGUCCCCAGGGUCCCUGCUUCAGCACUACCAGCAAUAUCAGCAGAGCCUGCAGGAGGCACUACAGCAGCAGCAGCAGCAGCUUCAGCAGAUCCAGCAACCCAAAGCGAGCCAAACUCCAUCUCCUUCAACCCUUGGGGACCGCAAAGAAUCUGCCAAAGAUCCAGCGAAAACAGAGGAGCAGAAAGGCAACCCCCACCGAGAGACCUCUUCCUCCUCCUCCUCCUCUCACAAUAACCUACCCUCCAAGCAGAACGAGAUGGAUGGCAAAGUCGCAGACCCCCUUCUAGACCAGUACAUCGUCCCCAAGGUGCAGUACAGGCUGGCGUGUCGCAAAUGUCAAGCAGUCUUCAGUAAGGAAGAAGCAGCCAUCAAUCACCUGAAGUCUAUCUGCUUUUUCGGUCAGUCUGUGGCAAACCUGCAAGAGGUGUUGCUGCGUGUCCCCAGUGGCGCAGGUGCAGGGGUUGGCAGCCUCUACGACUGCCUGGCCUGCGACACCACAUUGGAUGGGGACAAAGCGCUUAGUCAACACCUGGAUUCGGCUUUGCACAAACACAGAACAAUCAAGCGAUCAGCCAGAAAUGCCAAAGAGCACGCUACUAGUUUAUUACCUCACUCUUCAGCCUGCUUCCCCGAUCCUAACACCGCAUCUACCUCGCAGUCUGCCACUCAUCUCAUCAGCACCCCCCCUCCCCCGCCAACGACAUCAGCCACCAUGCCGUCCUCCUCUGUCUCUUCAUCCUUGUGCUCCACCUCUGCCACCCCACUCAACACCACAGCUGCCGGCAAACCCUGGCCCCAGGCCCCUUUCUCCAGAGCUUUAGCUGGGAAGCCCAAUGCCACUCCUUCUUCUUCUUCUUCUUUUCCUCCAGUAUCCUCACAUUCAACGGUUACCUCAAGUUCAUUGAGCACCUCAGGAGUUCAGACCUCGAUACCAACAGACGUCUUUACCGACGAGUCUGACUCUGACAGCAGUCAGAAGUCAGCAGACAGGCUGGGCAGGACGGCAGGGGUGCCGCAACAGCCCGGCUGUCUCAAAGACAGUAGUAGUUGUAGUAGUAAUCUUGCUAGUGUAGGAACGGACUCCAUCAGAUUGUAAAAGAGCUUUCGAUGAUGGACAAUAUUUUAAAAACGCAAAAGACAAAAAAAAACACAAAUGGGAAAAAACAAACAAAAAAGCAGCGAUGUUAAAAUACGUUUAAAAGUAUACAAAACAAUUUCAGAAAAAGAUGUGUAAAGACUAACUGCAAUUCCAAAGCUUGUAACCAAAAAUUUAAAUGUUAGUGGAUUGUUUUCCCAUAUCAACAUGCUGGUUUUCAUUUCUUUCAACUGAAAUAUAUACAUAUAUAUGUAUAAGAAUAGAAAAGAUCACUGCAGUUAAGUUUUGGGUAAUGAUAGAGGAAUGCUGUAUAGCAAUGGACUGCCUCAAAGUUGUUAAAUGGCCCAAGAACCCUUUUGACAAAGUCAACAAGCUGUCCCUUGUUUGUGUAAUUAUUUCCACUUAAUAGCACAGUCACAAAAAGCCAGUAUGUACUGUAUGGGAGAAUAGUCUAAAAGUUUUCUGCUGUCAAAGCGUUCAAAUACCAAUGGCUUGCAAAAGUAAAAAGAAUAAUGUAAUGUCUAUUUUAUUCUCAGGUCAACAGCUCACAGACGUUUUUCUGUUACAGAAAUUCAUUGUUUUACACCUUUUGUUCCGAACAGGAGAAAUAUUUGUGUUUUUUUCUCCAGAAAUUGAUUUUAACGACAGAAAGUUUUAAAAUGAGUGAAAAUAUCAUAAAGGCAUAGCUUUCUGGGCAUUUAAAAGGGUAGCUGAUCUGCUGAUUUUAAACAUUUGAAAUACUCUUAAAGGGGGAAAUUUAGCAAUCCCAUUGUACCCAGACACGGAGAGCAUUGCAGACAUGUUGAUGGGGGAUAAAAAGAUUUUUUUGAUAAAAAAACUUUCUGUAUUUAUGAUAGAUAUGAACAUUUUUGGUGUUAAGUAGAUUGUUGCAUUGGAAAUGAAUUUAAACAGUAUGGUAGAUUGAAAAAAUACUUUGUGUACAUUUAGCUUUUGUAUCGUCCAACUUUAAGGCGCUUCAUUUGAUGUUGUCUUGGUCAUUCCGAUAGACUAGAUUAUGGAGCAGUAACUUACCUGAACUUUAUUUCUGUCUUAUUCUCAGCUUCUUGGCUAACGUUCACCCAACUGCCACUCUCCCACUAGGCAGGAUCCUCUCUUUCAAAAUGUUUUUUCUCUCUGUUUUGGUUGGUAUGGUUCUAACCAAAAAGAA